AAUAAGGAAGUGAGUGGGGGCACAUCCCUGUCCUUCGGCUAGCCAGCUGCAGCGAGUCGUCUGCUAGCGUUAGCAUACAGUACAUUUAAGGGAAGCUCGCCUCGUUCAGACUUCCAUACUGACCCUUCAGGUGUUUUUACACUCCUAUGAAAUGCGACAGCUUCUCCUACACAGUGACUAGCUAGUGUGCGGAAAUGUCUGCGUUUAGCCUGUGUGUUGUACGCAAAACCAUUCGUGCUUCGUGCGUCCAGUUAGCAAACACAGGACUCUCAGUAAUACGCGGAGUAAACCUAAGCUGCCAGCAGAGCACACGUGUGUGCAGCUCCAGAGCACAUCACUCUAAGGUACCACAGGUUCCAACAUGGGAACCAGUGUCAGAGGAUCAGCUUCCUACGCCUGCCCAAGUCUCUGGUGACCUGGUGGACAAACUGGAGCGACUGGCCUUAGUUGAUUUCCGCACCAAGCAGGGCCUGGCCUGUUUAGAGAAAGCUGUCCGAUUCGCAGAUCAGCUUCAUGUUGUCGACACAUCAGGAGUUGAACCAAUGGAUUCGGUUCUGGAGGACAGUGUGUUGCACCUGAGGAACGACACAGUCAUGGAAGGAGACUGUGCUGAAGAGCUGCUGCGUCUCUCCAAAAACACAGUUGAGGAAUAUUUUGUUGCCCCACCAGGAAACAUUCCUCUACCACAGGCGGAGGAAAGGACCAAAAUGCUGAAACACUCAGAGUUCUGAAUUUAUUGCUACUGAUGAUAAGACAAGUGUUUGUCAAUUAUACAGUAAGUUUCACAUGUUGUGAAACAGGAAAAAUGAAACCAUGCCGGUCAUUUAGAUGAUGUAAUGUUUUCAGUUUCAUUUAAUGCCUGGUCACUUGAAGUGAUGAGUGCGCAGUGGUUCGGAUAUUUCAUAGCGUAGUGACUUCAUUGGUAGUUUUACAUUGGGCUGAUUACAAUGUUUUGUUUUCAUGUCAGUGUUUAAUAAAAAAUAUGUUUUU